UGCCCUUUAUUACUGUCUGCUUCUAACGCCUCUACUAAUAUUGUCUCAGCCUGCUGUCGCCUCUCUGCUUGAUUAUAGAACAGCCGCAUCUUUUCCUUCCAUUCUUCCUGCGCUCUCCUCCAUUCCAUCCCACCGUCUUAUCCAUCACUGUUUACGAUGCGUUUCUCCACCGCCGUCGCUUGUUUGUCUGCCUGCCUCGCCGCUCCGGCGACGGCCCUCGCCAUCUGGGGCGAUUCCGCCUACGCAUUCGACAGCAAUCUCAAGGUGCCUGGAGAGAACCCCAUCGAGUUCUGCAGCGCCAGCCGUGACGGCAACCUCAUCGACAUCAAGAAAGUCGACCUGGCUCCCAAUCCUCCCAAGGCUGGCAAGCCUCUCCUCAUCACAGCCUCGGGCGAGGUCAAGGAGACUAUCGCAUCAGGCGCCUACGUCAAAUUGGUUGUCAAGUACGGCCUUAUUCAACUGCUGUCUACCACUGCAGACCUGUGUGAACAGCUCGGCAAUGUCGAUCUUUCUUGCCCUCUCGAGCCUGGCAACAUGACACUCACCAAGAGCGUUGAUUUGCCUUCCGCCAUCCCUCCGGGAACCUACAGUGUCCUCGCUGAUGUUUACUCUGCUGACGACGAGCCAAUCACCUGCCUCAAGGCUACCGUCAACUUCCCCCGACCAGGCCUGUCUUCGUCCGAAGAUUCAGAGGAAUUGUAAUUUCUGCUCGCUGUUAAGCGACUGAUUGGGGACGAAUUGGCGAUGAUGAGCAUAAUCCGGACCUUUGUUUGAUUGUUGUGUGAUUUUUUAUGGCAUUGUUUAAGGUUGUCUUUGUCUUUCCCCUGCUCUGGGCGAGUUUGCUUUACUCUCGGGGUGAUAUUCGAUCAGGUUCAUAGGCACAUGGCUGUAGCGCUCUUGCUGCUACUAGAGAAUGCAUUCGUAAUAUCUCUAAUAAACCAAGUAUACACCUUUACUCUUGACAAUUAUGCUAUUAUGUACUCGCCUUGUAGCGUGGAAACCCAUAGAAGACCGCAGCAUUUCAUAAAUAUCUCUUCCUCUCCCAGAUGGAAUAACUCUGCAUGCAACCUGAAAUAUUUACUCUCCAAACAGACGACGCACUCGUCUCAACACACUGUCCUUCUCUGGGUCGUAAGGGUGAUCUUUGCUUGGAAUUUCGAGGACCGUAGGAAAGGCAGCGGUGUAGGUAUCGACUCGGUGUCGUAUUCUAUCGGCAAUAUGCUGGUUGAUCAAGACGAUUCCAAUGUCUUUCCGGGUUGUAAAGCUCUCAAACGCAGAUUCGAUGGCUGCAGUUUCAGUCUUGCUGUCGACGACGAGAAAGUUCUUUUGCGCUUCGGCGCCAGUCGUGAUAUGCUAUGCACAAGGC